GUACGAAUAUAGACGCAUACUUGUUAUAGAUUUCGACCAUGGCGGCAAAGUUCUCCAAGGACGCUGUUGCGUCGCACAACAACGCUGGCGACCUUUGGGUUAUCAUUGAUGAGGAUGUUUUUGAUUUGACCAAGUUUCAGGAUGAUCACCCAGGUGGGAAGAAGAUCCUACAACGAGUUGCGGGCAAAGAUGCCUCGAAGCAAUUUUGGAAAUACCACAAUCCCGCCGUGUUGAAGAAAUACCGGAAGCAGCUCCAGGUCGGAUCGUUAGAUACUAAGAAGGAGGCUGCUCCUCCUGCUCCUGCUCCUGCUCCUGCUCCUGCUCCCCAGACUCCACCAGCUACUCCCCCCGCCGAGAAGAAAGAGGCUACCACAUCUAUCGCGACUCCGGCUCCUAGCGCUCCCUUGGAGCCUUAUGGCGACUUGAUCCCAUUCGCCGACCCGGCUUGGUAUCACGGUUACUAUUCCCCUUACUACAACGAGACCCAUGCUGCCCUUCGUGAUGAAGUCCGCCAGUGGGUCGAGACCGAGAUCGAGCCCCAUGUUUUCGAGUGGGAUGAAGCCAAGAAAGUCCCCGACCACAUUUACAAGCAGAUGGGAGAAAGAGGAUACCUUGCUGGUUUGCUUGGUGUCGGAUACGACCCUUCACUCUCAAAGAAUACCGUCAAGAGCGUUCCUCCCGAGAAAUGGGAUCUGUUCCACGAGGUGAUCGUGACCGACGAACUUUCCCGCUGUGCCAGCGGAGGCGUCGUCUGGAAUCUCAUUGGUGGCUUCGGUAUUGGCUGCCCGCCCCUUCUCAAGUUUGGAAACAAGGAAGUCGUGAAGAGAGUUGUGCCCGGCAUCCUCUCUGGAGACAAACGUAUCUGCCUUGCCAUCACUGAGCCCGACGCUGGAAGUGACGUGUCGAACUUGACCUGCGAGGCCAAACUGACCCCUGACGGGAAGCACUACAUCGUCAACGGUGAGAAGAAAUGGAUCACAAACGGUGUGUGGGCAGAUUAUUUCACCGUGGCCGUUCGCACCGGUGGCCCUGGCAUGAACGGCGUCAGCGUCUUGCUUAUCGAGCGGGAGUUCGAAGGUGUGAGCACGCGUAGAAUGGAUUGCCAGGGAGUUUGGAGCAGUGGCACUACAUACAUCACAUUUGAGGAUGUCAAGGUUCCAGUCGAGAACUUGAUCGGCAAGGAGAACAGGGGCUUCAAGGUUAUCAUGACCAACUUUAACCACGAGCGUAUCGGAAUUGUCAUCCAAUCUCUGCGUUUCGCUCGCGUCUGCUACGAGGAAUCUGUGAAGUACGCCCACAAGCGCCGCACCUUUGGCAAGCGCUUGAUCGACCACCCCGUUAUCCGUAUGAAACUCGCCCACAUGGCCCGCCAGAUCGAAGCGUCGCACAACUGGCUCGAGAACAUCAUCUACCAAUGCCAGAAUUACGAGGACAUGGAAGCGUCCCUUCGCCUCGGUGGUGCCAUUGCCGGCCUCAAGGCUCAGUCUACCACGACCUUUGAAUUCUGCGCGCGCGAGGCCAGUCAGAUCUUUGGUGGACUCAGUUACAGCCGCGGCGGGCAAGGUGGUAAAAUUGAGCGCCUGUAUCGUGACGUUAGGGCGUACGCCAUUCCCGGAGGCAGCGAAGAAAUUAUGUUGGAUCUCAGCAUGAGACAGAGCUUGAGAGUCCACAAAGCUUUCGGCAUGAGCUUGUGAUAAAGGGG